AUGUUCCUCCACUCGGCUCACCUCGACCUGACCGACACGCUCCUGUUUGAGGAGGGCGUCCGCCUGCGCUGUGCGACCGUGGCCGUGUCGCCGCCGCACGGCUGCCCCGGCCUGCCGCCGCUGAUGCCCACGUCCCAGGUGGUGGUGGAGGUGCCCCUCACCAGCUGGCUCCAGCUGGACAGCCUGGGGCCGCCUCAGGCCAAGAUUUUGAAGCAUCCUGUGCGCACACUGCAUUGCGCGCUGGCGUUCACAAACGGCGCAGCGCCGCGGGCGGGGGCAGCGCCCUUGAGCGGCUGGGUGGUCGCCCAGGUGGCGAAGGUUGGAGGCGUGACCAGCGGCGCUCCUUGGAACGCUCGGUCGUCUGUCACAGUUUCGCUGUCAGAAGCCGCAGCGUUCGCCGGCAGCAUCAGCAACGGCAGCUGGGAGGACGACGGCGGCAAGGCCGUGGCGAGGCAGGGCGGCGGGCAGCACGCAGCCAAGGCGCAGGUGGCACUCGUGCUGCGGGACGACCAGACUGCCCUGGGGCAGCUAUUGUGCGAGGGAGAGACCGUCGCGCUGCUGGGCGCUGCGCUCCUGAGCCCCGAACCCCUGGCAGACCCAGGCGCGCAUGGCAUGCAACCCCUUGCCGCCGCAGCCGAGCGCGACGGCGCCGGUGGUGGCUGCAGCGGCUCUGAGGGGCGGGUGCUGCUGCUUGGGCAGCGGUACCUAGUGGUGGCGCCCUCUGUGCCAGGGAGUGAGGGCACGGGUGAGCCGGGCGCAAUGGAGGUCGACGGCCUGCCCUGCCAGCAGCAGCAGCAGCAGCACCAGCAGCAGCAGCAGCAGCAGCAGCAGCACCAGCAGCAGCAGCAGCAGCACCAGCAGGCAGCCGCCACCACCGCUGGUACGCAUGUGCUACCACCACUGGGCACGCUGCAGGCUGGAGCAAAGGGACUGGUCCUGUGGGGCCGCGUCUACGGCCUCAGGCGGCAGGGUGGCGGGCAGCUGGUCUGCACACUGGCAUCAAUGGCAGCCGGCGGUAGCAGCAUCAAGCUGCGCAUGCGACUCGCGGAUGGGCCAUACAGCAAGGCCCUGCUGCAACAGCUGCGAGACGGCCACACGCUGCUGCUCAUUGGCGCGCGCACCGUCGUGCCGCCCGUCGGCCCCACAGGCGCCACGCCGCCUGGCGCCGGGAACGUGGCGGCCGAGGUGGAGUGGGACGCGGCUGCCGAGGGUGCCGCAGCGCAGGUUGUCACCAGCCUCCCGGCGCUGCUGACGACGCCUGCGCUGCAGGAUGGUCUCACCCGGUCGCUCACCGAGCUGACAAGCAUGCCAUCUACUGCAACAGCAGCCGCACCUCCCCCGCCCAUUGCCAUCGUUGAGGCGCGUGUGGCGGGGGCGUCAGUGCGGGUGGCGAGGGUUCACUGGGCUUGUGGGCGGCACGUGUCGCGGUCAUCGCUUGGACUGGGUGACCUUGGGGACCUCUUGGGGGACGACGACACCCAGGUGGCCGACGGUGGCGGCGGUGGCGAUGCGAUUGAGUGGGACAAUCCAGGGGCCGCACUGUGGGCGUGCAACUUCUGCUGCGUGGAGUGCGGCGCGGCGGAGACCGAGCUGGCAUGGGCAGGCAGCCUGUCGCUGGCCCUGGUGGACAGCGAGGGAGGGGCAGACGGCAGCGGCGGGGCUGCGCCUUUGCAGGCGGCGGCGGAGCACCAGCUAGUUGUUCUGUAA